GAGGGACGCCCCCUGCUGUCGCAAAGUAAAAACUGCCGCUUUUGCGGAACUCUUGAGGUCUGUUGAGCCCGGACCAUUGAAAAGCGUUGCACACCCGAGAUGCAUGGCGUCCUCCCAUAACAGACGGUCGUUAGGUCAAACAUAUUUAUCUCAUUUAUAGUUUUUUCUUCUUCCUUUGUUAAAACAUUUGUGUUCAAUGGCGGCCAGGACUUCGUGUCGAUACUUCCAGCGCCGUUUUGCAUCAGCGGCUGCAGCUCUCCGCCCAUCGCCUGCUGAGGUUUGGCAGCACCGCAGCGCCGUAUUCUCCAGAGAGCAGGCGCGGCAGAGGGCUCUGUACCCCCGCAUCGAGAAGAUCGAGGUGACCAUGGAGGGUCCGGGUCUGGACGGGAGCUUACUAGUCAUGAACAAAGGAACGUCCACGCCACUCAGCUGCGCCAGACAUCUGACGGAGCAUCACGUGAAGAACUCGGCGCUGGCGCUGGUGGAUGGAGAGCCGUGGCCUCUGCACAAGGCGCUCACCCACUCCUGCUCGCUCCGCCUGCUGACGUUCAGAGAUGGCGAUCCGACACUCGUUAAUCAGGCAUUCUGGCGUUCCUGUGCCGCGCUGCUCGGACAGGUUUUGGAAACCACCUUUAAGGAUGAGUACCUGGUGGAGCUGCUGGACUCUCCAGAACUUCCAGUCACCUCUGGAGCGUUCUGCUGCGACGUGGUCCUCGACCCGCAGCUCGAUUCGUGGACCCCCUCUGAGGAUUCUUUGCGCUCUCUGACCCGAGCGGCCCAUCAGCUGAUCCAUCAGGACCUUCCCUGGGAGCCUAUGGAAGUGUCGCCCUCUGUGGCGCUGGAGGUCUUCUCACACAGCAGGAGUAAGAGAGAGGAGGUGGAGCAUAAAGCCUCUCAGAACUCCAGAGGAACCGUGACGCUCUACAGGUGUGGAGAUCAUGUUCUGUUGAGUGGGGGCCCCCUGGUGGCCAGAACGGGGCUGUGCUCUCAGUACGAAGUUACCGCUCUGUAUGAAGUGGGGCGGGGGACGUGGGGGCUCCAGCGCAGAGCUCAGGGAUUGUCUUUACCUCAGCAGCUGCAGGCUCACCACACCGUCUGGAGGAAACUGAGGGAGCGAGCUCAGAGGCCGGUGAAAAUGACAGAACCUGAGGAAGUGACUCCACCCUCGCCGCCUCCUCCUCCUCCUCCUCCGUCGUCCAUCCAGUAGAUCUGUCAGUUAAACCCCUGAAGACGUUCAGCCGGCCAUCAGUUCUUUAAUAAACACAACAAACAGCUCUGUUUCUUCCUGAAUCGUCUGCUCUGACUCGGCUUACGUCGUUCACACUGAAGCAGGAAAGCCAGGAUCAAAGAAACAUCUCACAUGAAUGUAUAAAAAACACCUAACAUCAUGUAUAAAAGUGCUUUUACAGA